UAUUGAGCAGGGCAGGCAGCCUCCAGCCCAGCUAACGCUCGUACACAGGGCAACUGGCUCUCGUCAAAAUUCGGCCUAUAAACAUGCAUUUUUUUCACACUGACAGGCUCAGAUAGUUACAAUGAGUGUCCGACAACAUACUAGAAAGGAGAAAUUAACGUAUGUCUCUACCUUUAGCUGGAGAUCGCUGUUUGUUGUGAGCUGUGUCCAAAUCUCACCACGCUACAAAUCUCGUUCCGAAAUCUCGCGAUAACUCGCGACAAAACACCGGUGGAAAAACAGUUACCUGACUGAGGUGAAGAGAGAUGACUGAAGUGAUUUUCUGUUGGAUUACCGAAGACUGUUAUUUUAGUUUUAUAGAAAAGUUUGUUUGUUUGUCUGUCAUGGCUGAAUUUUUGCCUGAUGUGGACGACGUGGAUGAAAUUGCAUUUGAUUUUGAUGGCCGGCCGUAUCUAUUUGAGCCGGAGUACACAGAUGAAGAGCUUCAAGAAAUUGAAGAACGGACGAGGAGAGACGGAGUUGGGCAACAGGCAGAGGGCACGGAACCAGCUGCUGCAAGGCUGCGAAACACUGGAAACUGGUGGUGUUCCUGUGGGUGCUGUGUACCUUUGCCUACAGAGGAGGAAUGCCUCUGUUGCAGGGAAUGGGACCUUUUGCAGCCAGCUGUGUUUGGGGAUUACCCAGUGGACGGUACACAACGCUGUGUAACGUCAUCAGAGGAUUUCCCCUCCUUGAUCAACAGGGCAGUGCUAGAGACCUUCUUCCAUGUUCCCAAAAUCAACUGGAAGAGGCGGCCAAGACCACAGGGAGAAAACGGCCAGCUGUCUAUUGACCAAUGCAGACUAGUGGCUUACCGUGUGGUGCUGGAGUGGGCGCUCAGAGGAGAGCGUCUAGGUCGUGGCAAUAGGAGAGUGUUGCCUAGAUGUAUAGUUAUGGCUAUAAGAAGCAAGUACCCCUCUCCCACCGGCACUUACACUGGCUUCAACGAGGCAGAGGACAUCUUCAAUAUACUGUAAAUAUUUCUGUACACGUACAUAUCACUGUAAGAUUCAAUCUUUUACAAUAAAGUAAUAACAAUAGCACAGCUGUGUUUCUAUCUCUUUAUUUUAAACCACAAACCAACACCCCCACAACCACACCCCCACACACACCAAUAAUGUUCUAUACAUUAUUUUUUGUCAGCUUUAGUAUGGUUUGAACCGUGAACUGUGCCGUGCAAGUAAGUCUGCCUUUUCAGGCCUCGGAACAGGAGCUAUGUUGUGCAGUAAUCUUCGGCGUGGUUUGCGACAGGGCAAAGGCUCUGUAUAAACAACAGUGUGGUCAUCCCUUCUCUUCAGGACUCUCUCCAUGAGGUUGGUACGGAAGGUUUGCUUGGUCCGUUCAUAGAUGGGCUUUGCAACCCACUGUGCGCUUUGUUUAGAGAAGGAAAACCUGUACCGGCAUUCUCCUAAGGCAAAAAGAAAAAAACAUAAAUUGUAGUGUACCAUGUCAUUGUUGCAUAUUCAUUUUUCAGGUAGUUUUAGGUGAAUGUUUUUUAUACCAGAAAAUACA